UUAAAAUCCCAUCGAAAAAAUUUUUAUGUUUCAUUAUAUUAUAUUUAAAGGUGUACUUAUAAUGUCCUGGAGUAGGUACUUACGUGACUAUUGUAUUACCACAGUUUGUAUUACGCUAAUCGGACCUCGGGCGUCUUAAUACGAUUUUAAUUUAGUUUAACUCUAUAAAAAAAAUUGAUUGGACGUAUGUCUAUCUGAUUUGUGUUUAAAGGAGUCAGAUUGUAGAGAUGAUAUCGUUUUUAGUUUUGGUUUUUGUGGUAUUUUAUGGCGUAGGUGCAAAAAUUCCCCCUUACAUAAAAGUAUGCAAACGUGAUGAUCCAAAUUUGGGCCCGUGCAUAAUCCAGUCUAUUGAAUUUUUGAGACCCAAACUCAAAGAAGGCAUACCGGAACUCAAUGUGCCCCCAUUAGAACCUCUACCAUUGGACGAAAUCAAAUUGGUCAGCGGACCAGGUGCUCAAAUUGAUGCUAAUAUUACCAAUUUGAUUGUACAUGGAGCUUCUCAGUUCAAAAUUACCGAUUUGAAGCCUGAUCUUGCCAAAACCCGAUUUCUAGUACAAUUCACAAUACCAACACUAUAUUUUGAAGGAGACUACGAUAUUGACAUGAACAUCCUGGUUUUAAAGUAUAAGGGAAAAGGACCUAUCACUGGCAACUUUACAAACUACGUGUUUAAUUGUCUCCUCAAAGCCGAUAAAAUCCAAAAAGGCAACAAAACCUACAUUCAAUUCAAGAAAUUUGCCUUAACUCUCCACACAGGCAAAAGUGAUAUUACUUUGGGUGGUCUAUUUGGUGAUAAUGGGGCUAUUUUAAGUGCGGCUACCAAUCAGUUCCUCAAAGAAAAUUCAGAUUUAUUUAUUGAUGAAAUUCGGCCUGCUUUAGAAAAUUCAUUAGCUGAAAAGUUUACUAAUAUUGCUAAUAGUAUUACUUCGAGGUUUACUUAUGAGGAAUUGUUCCCGAAAUAGAAAUAUUUUUUUGUCAUUUAAGUAUUGAAUCUUUUAAUAAUAUUAAAUACCUAUGGAGAAAUUUCUUCAAUGUUCAUUUCUAUUUUCUAUUUAGAAUCUUUUAGUAACUUUUAGGAUGUCAUGCUUAACCCUCGGGCAGGCGCGCUAUCGGCCUUCUAUGCCGCCUUUUUACUAAUUCAAAGAUUCCGCAAAUAUUGUGGAUUCUAUCAUAUUGUCCAUCUAGCUAUGUCCAAAUGACUAUAUCAGUAAACCUACUACGCACAAUUUAGGGCCUUAGAGUGCUUGUUCAGACGUCAGUGAGUUCCGUGCCUGGUCAUGUAAGUAAAAUUACAAGGGGAAUAGUGCAAAUAAUAUGACUAUUAUUUUUGUGUAUUUGCGAAAUUAGUAUAAAGAAUUUCAUUUAGUUGCCUAGAAUUAAAAUUUAUUUUAUUUUUUCACUCUAUUUAUAAAUAAAUUUUGAUGUUUUGAAUUAUUUCGUACGUUUUUCUGCUGGCGGCACGCAGUGCUGCAGCGCGCCCGCUAAUGUGAUUUUCAAAUGCGCGCCUGCCCUAGGGUUAAGUUAUUUAUUUUAUGUCAUAACGCUGAUAAUAGUUAUUUAUGGUACUAGUGUGUUAUGUUCAAAAUAAGUCACGCGAGAAAAACUUAUACCACGAGGCCGUCAGGCCGAGUGGUAUAAUUUCUCGAGUGACUUAGAAAACAUAACACACGAGUAGCAUACAAUGUUUUAUCCAACAACUAAGAAAUCAUAACACAUGAGCAACAUAUAAGAAUUGAAAAAACUAAUAGGUAUUUUUUGUGAAUGAGUCUUCUUUAAAGCAUGACUUAUAAAAAAAUUAUUUCCUGACGUUUUGCGUUGACGUUAUAAGAGAGUGAGUUAUAAACCAUAACCCACUAGUGAGUUAUGGUUUAUAACACACUAGUGUGUUAUUUGAUAGUUUACCUGUCUAAAUUGGCACAAAUAAUGACUCCUAUAACUAGCAGGUGUUGGAUAAACAUAUUAUUUUUGUCAAAAAACUAUGAUGUUUGCACACUGAUGACAAUUUGCGAAGUGACACUUUUUUCCCAUGUAUUUAUUGUUCACAACUAACUGGUAUGACAUAAAAGUUUGUAUGCACCACGGGUAUUAAUAGGGCGACUUACGAACCCUCGGGCCAGAGGCCCUUGGCUUUGUAAGACUGUCGCCCUCAGGCAUCAUCUACUUAGUACCCUUGAUACAUAAAUAACUAUUAUGUUAUUAUGAGUUUCUUUAUUAGACUGUGGAAAUCUAUCAAUGAGAAAACUUGUUAUCUGAAAUUUUGAAUUUGUAUUCAUUUAUUUAUUUACAGCUUUAUUCAUUUCAGGCUACCCAAUAAACAUUUCAAGAUUACCCAAUAAAUAAUUCCAAGGAAACGUUUCGUACCUACUUCUUUGUUCUCGUGAGCAUGUUAACUUCCACGUGAUUCAGGCCUUUGCGGAAAGGGAUUCAGUUCUGAAUGUAGUUGGUGCUGUAAGUAAAGGUCCUUACAGCACCGCCUUUUCAAGCUUCUACUUACUAAUGUAGAAAAUUGCAUCACUUACAUAGACAAAGCUGUAUUUAUUCACACCUAUAACUAUUAGGAAAGUGAUUCUGCACACAGGGAAAUCUUGUGGUCCCGACGGCAUUCCAUCAAAUAAUCUCAAAACUUGCGCACAGAAAUUGGCUAGUUCUUCUGUUUUCACUUUCUUACAGUCGAGGCGUUUUCCCGUCCAUCUGAAAAUGUACCAGAGUGCAGCUCAUCCCGAAAAAAAGCAAGAAAACUCUUCCUCGCAAUUAUCAUCCUACCUCACUUAUAUCCGUACUUUCCAAGGUAAGGGAAAAGGCAGUCAACCUGAAACUGGUAAACUACAUCGAAGCCAAACCAAAGCUCAUCUCUGACAAACAGUACCGGUUUUGUCCUUAAAGAUCAAUAGGAGAUCUGCUAGCGUACGCCAGUCAUAUUUGGAACUCGACUCUCGAAAAACAUGGCGAAUCUAGAAUUGUAGCAUUGAUUGGACAUCUCCAAGGCUUUUGGUCAGGUGUAACACAAAGGUCUCCUGAGCAACCUUCCAUCGUUUGGUCAUCCGAACGAAUUUGGUCAUUGUCUUGGAAGGCAGGUGUCUCCAGAUAAAUGUCGGUGUUCCCCAAGGCUCAAUUCUGUCGCCAACACUUCUUCUCAUUUGUAUUAAUUAUUUGUCAAAUGUGACAAGAAACCCCAUAUACAGCUUUGAGGACGAUAGUGAUGGCAUCUUUUUUUCUUCUGACAAUCCGCUUACUGAAGCCACUUCCACAUGCCUCGCUCGAGAACAGAUUCACUAUAUCCUUUAUCAACAGUAAUCUUGACACCAUUACCAACUUGGGCCUCAACAACCUAGUCAAAUUCAAUGCUUCCAAAGCUCAAGCGACAGUAUUCUCAAGAUAAGAAAUCUUCCGCCGAUGAUAACCCGGUUUUAAGGAUGUCAGGACAAAACCUUCCCAUUAUUCUCUCAGUAUCUCUUCUUGGGGUGACCGCAUCGACCAACUUCUCUCAGCAUGAUCAUGUAUCUUCGAUCACCAAAACCGCUUUUCAAAGGUAGGGUUUUUUGUUUCGUGCAAAAAAACUUCUUUAUUUCUA